AUGAAUGGGAAAGAAACCGUGGUGGUUACAGGUUUUGGACCUUUUCGGCAGUUCUUAGUGAACCCCAGCUGGAAAGCAGCGCAGGGCUUGAAGUUGGUCGGAUUGGGAGAGCAGACUGAGGUUUCCAUAAAGGAGGUGCCAGUGAGUUAUGAUAAGACUCUGCAAAUCAUUGCUGAGAUUUGGGAAACUCUUCACCCAAAGUUUGCUGUACAUCUGGGCGUGUCCAGAGGUUCCAGUGUCGUCUCUUUGGAGCAAACGGGGAAGAACAGUGGAUACAGAGACAAAGAUGUGUGUGGCUUCUGUCCUGGAAGUCACUGCUGUGUGGAAGGAGGAGCAGAGAAACUGGACUCAGUUGUGAACAUGAGAGCUGUCGCCAAAGAGUUCCAACAAGCAGGGACGGAUGUCAUUUAUUCCAGAGAUGCUGGCAGGUACCUGUGUGAUUUUGCUUAUUACUGCUCACUGUAUCACGGUCAGAGGAGAGCAGCCCUCAUCCAUGUGCCCUCAUCUGGCAGCCUGACCUCAGCUGACAGACUGGUACCUCUGCUGCAGACCCUCAUUCGCACCAUGCUGGACCAGCUGGAGGACCGUUUAGAAACAGCAUAA